GACGGCGGCUUGCCCGCGGGAGGGCCGGCGGGAGCCUCCCCCGUCACUCUGGGGGGGCUGUCGGCCCUCGGCCGAGCUGUGAAGUGGGCCUCCAUCCUGCCCCCCAAGUGUGAUGGGGCUGUGUGUGUCCCUCCUCAGGGUGUGAAGGAGCCGGGGUUUGCCCUCCGCGAGUGUGAGGGGCCUCCAUCUUCUCACCAGCGGGACCCGGUGGUCACAGAGGAGAAGGAGCCACCGCCGGACUGUCCCCUGGACAGCGAGCAGCUGGGCCGCAGCACCUGGGCCUUCCUGCACACCAUGGCAGCCUACUACCCCGACCACCCCUCUGCUGCCCAGCAGAAGGAGAUGAGGGACUUCAUCAGCCUCUUCUCCAAGUUCUACCCCUGCCAGCACUGCGCUGAGGAUCUGAGGGAAAGAUUACGUACAAAUCAGCCUGAUACUAGCAACAGAAAUAACUUCUCCCAGUGGUUGUGUCUUCUUCAUAAUGAAGUGAACAGGAAACUGGGAAAAUCUGAAUUUGACUGCUCUCGUGUGGAUGAGCGCUGGAGAGAUGGUUGGAAAGAUGGUAGUUGUGAUUAAUCCAUAGAGACUGCUUUGGAAAUCUAACAGACCUAUUCAAUCUGGUGUCACAGCGUGUCGAUCACUACAGGGAGAUGUGCGAGUCAGUAACGGUGUGUUUGUGUGCUUGUGUGUGUGACUGAUGUGGCUUGUGGAAAUAAAGGUAAACCAAUUCUAAAAGUAAAUUUGAAAAUUUUAUCCUAAUAAUAUUUUGAUAAAUGAUUACGUAAAUGUAUUAUCUGAGGGACUGAGGCCUUCAUUUGACAUAAGAAUUGAUAGAAACCUGUGGAAUUAAGUCACAAGUGGAAACUUUUUCAUUAUGGCAUUUGUUUUUUUCUGUGACUACAAUUUGUUUUACCUGAACACAGUUGUAUAGGCUGCUCUGUGGUGUUUUACGUUUAUCUGCAGGCCUUAUCUUGAUGUUAUAGAAGAUGCAUCGAAUUAAUUCAAACUUUUGUUUCUGUUGUUCUAAUAGAGAAAACUCACGCUGUGUUUUGUGCCAAGCCUGUAUCCCCAGAUCUCUUUCAGAGGUCACCAAUGUUGUUAAACUUGAAUCCAGUUCCUUUGAUAAAAGGCCUGAAGGCAGGUACAUUUAAUUUAAAUACUAAAAUCAUGGAGCCCAGAUCUCUCAUUUUAUUUUUGUGUUUCAAUUUGUCUUGUAAGAGGACAUUGUAGAAAGGGAAACUAAAGCAGGACAAAAAAACCACCCUCAUUUGAUGAAUGGAAUGAAGUAUCAAUGGGGUGAAAUUCAAAUGUUUUAAAUUGAUUGCUGAUUUUCUUUGGAUCCAGAAGUGAUAUGAUGGUAAGUUCUACUGAACUACUUAAUCUUAAAGCAGAUAACCUCUUUGUCUCUGCUGUGAACUUCUGUCUGUCGUGAAAAUAGCUUGAGACUGCUAACUGUAAUGAAGCAUAUUCAGCUUUGUUUAGCACACAGUAUUUCUUAGAUGUCACUUGAAAUUUUUGAUUGAUACUCACUGACCCAGUUGAUAUUCUGCUGUUAUCCCCUAGCUAAAAGCCUCUCUAGAACAAAAGCACUUUACAAGCUCCCUGCAGUAUUUGAGUCCUGCCUAAGACUGUGGCGUCAGCUUUACAUAGUAUUGUUGCACAGGGGCCUGAAGGGAGUCCCUAGGGUAAAUUCCCUCUGUAGAAGCUGAUCAGAAUCCAUGCUCUGUGUAUUUUUCCUAGAUCAGCUAUACUGCAUCAGAGUACUGAUACUAAGUGUGAAUUUCAGAUUCAAGUGAAAUAGCAGCAUAAAUGGUUUAUACCACAAUGCAUGUAAGCACAUCUCUCUAUAAGAAGAGACAGUUUUCACAAAAAUGUCCAAAUAAUUUCAAAUUCUUAAAGUAAAUAGUGAUGUCCUGCCCUUACUGCAUUUCUGUCUGUGAAGAGUUUGCAGGAGCUCACACAAAUAGUGACAAUAAUAGUCUUUUUCUUUCUGUACUUCCUGCUGAGGUUUUCUUGCAUGUUUCAGUGAACUUAGUUAUUUUUAUGCACUACAGAACGCCUGUAGAUUUACUCUUGUUGAUAGAGUGCGUGUUGCCUGGACAUGUUAACAGUACUUUUAUAGUAGUGGUAGAAUGAUGACAGCUUGUAUCUAAGAACUCUGAUCUUCAAACCGGUGUGUGUAGCAGCUCAGUGUUUAGAAAGCAGUAAGAACUUUGGAAAUACAUUUUAAUAUUUUGUGAUGUAUUUCAGUUCUUUUAAGUUGGACCUGUUAAAACCAUAUGAGACAAAUUUUAUGGACCAGUUAUUCUUGAAGUUUUUUGCAUCAUAGGAUUUCUGAACGCAAACCCAACAAAAUGUUGGUAAGGUACUUCAUCAAGUAUGCAAUCUGACUUAUGACUCGAAGGUAUUGUUAUGGUUAUUAGAAGUGCUCAGAAAAUUUCCUUAUUAGCAUGUUGAGGUUCUUGGAACAAAUGAAUUCCAGCCCUUGUUUUUUGUCUUUUUGGUAAUAAACUCAGUCCCCAAAAUGAAGGACAUUGAUAUCCAUUAGUUGGGAGAGGACCAACACAAAGACUGUAGCCCUCUGCUUUUGUCGGGUGCAAAAUUACCCAGUUCUGUCAGGAUAGUUUUAGUGGCUGGGGGUGUGGACAGGCAUUUUCUUCUGGACUUGGUUGUGCUGGAGGAGAAAUUUACUGUUCUUCCUUUCCAGUCUGCCCUUGACUAUUCUCUGCAACAGUUUCAUCGUCCAUGGAGCAGAUGAUGAGAUUUCUUCUAGUUUGUUUCAGUGUAAGUGAGCAAGUUGGUACAAGACCCAUUUUAAUACUGAAAAUGGGCUGGGUCAGUGAGUUGCACUUGAUCUCUGCUGCAGAGUCCUUCGACCACUGCUGUCUGGCGCUGGCAAGCGGUCACCGACAGGUGGGUGCAUGGUAACCUUCUACCAUACUGCAGCAUCUGUGCAUAUAUUCAGUGUAGAGAGGAAGAUAAAUGUGUAUCAUGCUCAAAAUCAGGUGGAGCAGCUGGGGCAGCACAUUUUGUCACUUUGUCAUUCAAGGAGGCUGUAGAGGCGUGCAGAAGAAAAAGCCUCUUCUGCCAGCAUGUACUGUUGUGCCCUGGCAGCGGCACAGGGGUAGGGAAAGAGCCUUAAAACUGAAGCCAGUGUAUUUAGUAAAUGCUUCCUAAUAAUGAGGCCACCAGCUGUGGCUACUAGAUGUUAUUAGGGCAGUUUGUAACUUUGUCAAGUGGCUGUUUGGUGAAAUCUAUGCUUGCACUCUUGUUCUCUUGUGUUUAUGGCUUUGCAGAGGAGCUUUGACUUAGAUGUUUCUCAGGCAUAUCAUUGUCUCUGGACUUGACUAUGCAGGGAGGGGGGGGAUUUUUUUUUGCUGCUCAUUUGUACCACAUCUCAAGUUUUAAUCUUACAAAAGGAAUUUUUAUUGAAGAUACUUGUAUUUGUGUACAGAAAAUUGUAAAUUCUAAAUGCAGUUGAUUAAAUCUGUUUUUAAAAAUACCUGUAUUCAAAUUAUAUUUCCUGUUGAUGUGAAAAUAAUAAAGCAACUGAGGUAAUUCCUGGCUUCCCUACUGGAUGAGACCUUAGGAAAAGGCAUUGUAUUGUGCUGGUGUGUCUAACCUUCUGCGUGCCAAUAUAUGACUGUCUGAGCUUAAUGGCUCAACUGAGGUUGUGUGAUUCUCUGUGUGUAUUGAUCAGACAAGGUGGGGCUACAGCCGGUGAUUUCCUGUUGUGCUAGUGAAUUGACACAGUUCUUUGUGGGCCAAGAAGCUACAAAAAUGCAGUAAAUUUGUGCAGCAGGUGCUUGCCCAUCA